ACCGGCGACGAGCUCCGCGACACACGUUCUUACGUUUGUGUACGGUGCAGACCUCUGUUUGAGCAAGCCCAUAAGCAUCUCUUUCAGACCUGAUUCUUCUUCGAUCAGAAUUCGUGCCUCUGAGACGCCGCCACCAGAAAAAAUAAUCAAUUUUUUCUUUGUUCUAUCACCAGAUAGAUCGUGAUACGCGUUUUAAACCGUAGUUCUUGUAGUGCAAACGGCGUUUUAUUUCAAGAAAUAGAAGACGAUGGCUACCACGGAGGAGAAUAAUGUACCGGUCGCUCAAACGGAAACAAAGGAGAUGAUCAAGGAGGAAAGUCCGGCGGCUGCGACUGAAAAAGCCGAAGAGGCAAAAUUGGAAGCCGGCGGUGAUGCUCAACAGCAGCAACAACCGACCGCGAAAGAGCCGGCUCCGCCCAAAGUCCUCGUCCACAAAGCGAAUUUCGAGAAAGACGUGGUUUAUUUGUAUCAGUUCUCCCGGACCCCGUUGCUACCGUCUUUAUCGCCGUAUUGUCUUAAAGUUGAGACAUGGUUGAGGCUGGCAAAUAUGAAAUACGAGAAUGUGGAUCAUAAAUUGAAAUUCCGUUCAAAGAAAGGUCAGCUUCCGUUCAUUGAAUUGAACGGUGAAGAAAUAGCCGAUAGUGCCAUCAUAUUGAAGGAGUUAAGCCAGCGUAACGUUGAUUUGGACGCAGCUUUGACAACCGAACAACGAAAUGUUGCUCAUGCGAUGAUCUCGAUGAUCGAAAACCACCUAAAUUGGGUUGUUAUGUGGUGGAGGACAAAAUAUCCCGACCAAGUACUCAAAGGUUACAAGGUUAACUUGCAACACGCUUUAGGAAGCCGAUUGCCAAACGGAAUCCUAAAUUUCUUCUUUAAAUUCGCAUUCGGAAGAAAGUGGUUCCAGGGUGCAAAGAAAGUCAAGGCCCAAGGAAUGGGCGUACAUUCUCCUGAGGAAAUUUCCAAAUUUGGGCAAGACGAUUUGAAGGUGCUUUCUGAUAUGUUGGCUGAUAAACCAUUCUUCUUCGGUGAUGAACCAACCACGCUCGAUUGUGUUGCUUUCGCAAAUUUGGCUCAAAUUUAUUUCAUCGACAAAGAAGUUAGCUACACAUUGAGAGAAUACAUGACUGAACAUUGUCCGAACUUGGUUGGUCUUGUUAACCGCAUGAAAGAAAGGUGCUUCCCAGAUUGGGACGAUAUCUGUACCAAUUUGGAUUUGAAUUCUCAUUUACCAAAACCACCAGCAGAAGAAACGAAAGAGAAGGAAGGAAACAAUGAUGAAAAAGAAGGGGAUAAAGAUAAAGAGUUAGAACCUGAAGAUAAAGAUCCUGAGAAGGAAAAGGCUGAUGAAAAAGAGAAAGAAAAAGAUACAGAAGAAAACAAAGAAAAGGAUACGAAAUGAACGAUGAACCCUCGUCCUUAAGAAGGGCUCACUGCCGAAUCAUUUGUAAUACCAUAAAACACCGUAACAAAAAAAUUCAUACAACCUGACUUAGUAAGUGUAUUUUUAAAGUUUGUUUUUCUAUCCAACACUAUUUUCUAUUAUUAUUCAAUUUUCUUUGUAUUCAAUACUCUUAUUGACCCCCCUUUAUUUUUUAAAUGUCCUUUUUGAAACUAUGUGCAAAAAAAACAAUUAGAUUUUAAGUAUCAUCCAUAUAUAUACAUAAUAUAUUAAUAAUCACCAUUUUAUAAUAAAGAAAAAAAUAAGAUUGAUGAAACAGAAAAACAGGAUUACAGAAAGUCUUUUUAAAUUUUAAAAAUUUGUUUUGUUAAAACGAUAAUUUAUGUGUUUUUUUAAUUUUAAUUCUUUUUUUUAAUAAAUAGUAACUCUCUAUAUGAUAUAGUAAACUAUUAUAGUAACCGAUCAAAAUGUAAUAAUAACUAUUAUCGUUCGUUCAUAUUUUUUUUAUUAUUAUUAUUUUGUGUAUAAAUAAUUUUAGCUAGAUUUUUUUAAAUAGAGUUAUUAUCGUCCCAAAACGUGUAUUGUAAGUAAUCAUUUCUGAGUGUUUUCCUUUUAUUUUCAUUCUUUUGAAAACGGAGGUGAUAAACGAAUUUUGAUAAAACGAAAAAUCGUGCAUAAUUUUCGUGUAAAUAAACUCUACCGGUACACUUUUUGCACGAUUUUUCGCAAAACGGACCUCUGCCGUAUAAAAAAAAACGAACAUCAAAAGUAGAAAAA